AUGCAGAGACGAAGAACCAAGCCUCUGAAAGGGGAAAGCGGCCGCAUGAAAAACAGAGAGAGUGUCAAAGCCGCAAAAAGCCCACCCAGAACUCCGAGGACGCGGGAGACCCAACAGCUGGAGAAAAGACUGAAGGCUGACAUAAAGCGUCGUACCGGCACUUGCACACUGCACUCAAACAAAUCUAAACAGCAGUACAGUGACGCCCAAUACGAAGAUACGGGAGAUAAAUGCACAACUGUAUUCUUUUCAUCUGUGUACAAACCCGUGAGAGCUAUCCUGUUCUGUUUAUACUCGCACUGCAGGCGAGACCGUCACCCUGGGGAAAGUUUGGACUUCUACAAGGCGUUGCCUGUUGUUGUUAAAAUCCUUUUCUUCGCAGAGAUUUCACAUCGCUCGCGGUGGUCGACGACUCGUUCUUUGAGUAACAAGAAAAGCUUCUACGGGUCGAAGCCCCAUGACGGACUAGCGUCCUGGCCCUCCCCAGAAAGCGGCUACAGAGAGUUCACCUAA